AUGUUCUCUGCCAAUGAAGACAAGUUUCUCUCCUUGGUCACUCCCCGACCUUUUGUGUUGUCCCAAGGCCAUAAACCUGCGAGUAGCCUGAACCCCGAAGUCCAGCGGUGUAAAAGGCCAAGUUUGGUCGAUUCCAAGCCGGUGUUCAAGCGUAUAAGUCAGAAUUCGACGUCAUGUGUCAAGUUGGCCACUGUCCAAACAACGGAUGUUUAUCUAUCAUCUUUGGUAGUGGAGGAGAGCCCACAAAUUAGCGACUUGAGUUGUUGUAGGAGCAGUUGUGGUGGUUGUAGUGGUUGUGGUGGUAGCCUUCCGACAGAGAGGCUCUUGGACGACGAGGUGCGUCUGGAUGAUUGCGAAUCCCUAGUCAGUCGGGAUCAUCAUGAUCCAGAGAGUGCUCCAAUCGGUGACAUGUGUGAUUGCAGCUGUUUGUUGUGCUUCAAACAGGCCAAUAAACUGGGCCGGAGUAAAGGGUGGUUCCACCCAAACCUAACUGGAAUCGAAGCCGAAGUCUUAUUGAAGGAACGAGGCGUGGAAGCCAGUUUCUUGGCACGCCCAUCACAAGGAAAUCCAGGGGAUUUUACACUCUCAGUCAAAGCUAGGAAUGACGAGGUUCGGCACAUAAAAAUCCAGAACACGGGGGAUUUUUAUGACUUGUAUGGUGGAGAGAAGUUUGCCACUCUUUCGGAGUUAGUGCAAUAUUACACUGAAAACCAAGGCCAACUCCGAGAGAAGAAUGGGGAUGUCAUAGAGCUCAAAUUCCCCCUGAACAGUGCUGACCCCACCACCGAAAGAUGGUUUCAUGGACAUCUUAGUGGCAAGGAGGCGGAGAAAUUGUUGGAAAAGGGAAAAAGUGGAAGCUUCCUAGUCAGAGAGUCUCAAUCCAAACCUGGUGAUUACGUUUUCUCCGUUCGGUCUAACGACCGAGUCACUCACGUUAAGAUUAGAUACAACAAAGGCAGAUACGACGUUGGGGGUGGUGAGCCUUUUGAUUCCCUGUCAGAUUUGGUUGAGUACUACAAGAAGAAUCCAAUGGUGGAGGAAUCCGGCACCGUGGUGCAUCUCAAGCAGCCUUUCAACGCCACCAAAAUCAACGCUCGUGCCCUUGUCCUCCGCGUCCAAGAGCUCCAAAAAGAAAAUGGCUUUGUGCCUUCCAGUGGACCCCCGGGAGGCAAGGCAGGUUUCUGGGAGGAAUUUGAAGACCUACAGCAACAGGAAUGCAAGCAUUUGUACUCAAGGAAGGAGGGCCAGAAGCCGGAGAACAAGAACAAGAAUCGCUACAAGAACAUUCUGCCGUUCGAUCAUACCCGGGUCAUUUUGCAAGACACAGAUGGCUCUCCGGGGUCAGAUUAUAUUAAUGCCAACCGCAUUCAAACGGAUGAUGACCUCAUAACCAACGUGGGCCCUUCGCCGUUCCUGGAAACGACCACACCCCUCCGGAAAAAGUCUUUUAUCGCCACUCAAGGUUGCCUUCCUUCCACCCGAGCGGACUUUUGGCAAAUGACUUGGCAGGAGAAUACACGAGUGAUAGUGAUGACCACCAAAGAGUUGGAGCGGAUGAAGCCCAAAUGUGCGAAAUAUUGGCCGGAUUUGGACCAAACGGAGAGCUAUGGGAAGUUCACCGUGCAAAAUGUGUCUGAAAAUGCCUCCCAAGAUUACACAUUGAGGGAAUUCCUUGUCAGAAAAGAGGGCUGUUUGGAUGAGCGGACGAUAUUUCACUUCCAUUUCCAGGCUUGGCCAGAUCACGGUGUACCCAACGAUCCUGGUUGCGUGUUGAGUUUCCUUCAUGAUGUAAAUGCCAAGCAAAAUUCAUUGGAGAAAGGUUCCGACGGACCCAUCAUCGUCCAUUGCUCGGCGGGAAUUGGUCGAACCGGCACAUUCAUCGUCAUUGAUAUGAUUAUCGAUCAAACUAAGUGGUUUGGACUGGAUUGUGAGAUUGAUAUCCAACGAACGAUCCAGAUGGUCCGAAGCCAAAGGUCGGGGAUGGUCCAAACCGAGGCUCAAUACAAAUUCGUGUAUAUGGCGGUUCAACAUCACAUUGACACCGUCGAACAUCGAUUACGCGCAGAAAAGACUUCAACCAGAGAGUACACGAACAUAAAGUAUUCCAAUGAGUGCAACUCCCCCUUUAUGGGUCCUGACGCAUUCGCUCCCUUGGGUCAUUUCCCCGCCCUUUCCGGGAUGUCGCUCAAUACCACCAAUGCACCCACCUCGCCCUCGGCCACCUCAAUCAUAGCUGGAAGCCAUUUUGCCAAUUUCAGCGGGAGUCACCCUGAAUUAAGAUGUGACGCAAGCCGUCACGGAUCAACAGCAUCAGAAACCGGCCUGCCAAGGCCUCCUGAUGAGAUUCCAAAGCAGCUGUAUCAUACUGAUGGGCACAAUGAUUUGAAGUCGUUAAACCCAAAUAUUGGGCCCUUACCCGCAUGCCCUCCACCCGCUCCACCUAGGAAAUGAAGGACCACUUUGGUGAUUUAGGCUAAACUACCUGGAUGUAACAAUGUAUAAGCCUGGAAAUUGGUCGUCUCUUUUCUUGACGUAAUGCUAGCCACAAUAUUUGCCAUCCUUUUGCAUUGGACUAAUUUGAUGAGAUGGAUUAAUCUAGCCAGAAAUAUUUUGCUUGUGCGGUCCUUCGACUUCUCCCGAAGCUACAUACAUUGGAUGUACACUUCUUUUACAACUUAUCUGUGUCAAAUUGGAAGGAACUAGUUCCCGACCUCUAACGAAACCUCGCUUUUUGCUAGUGCACAAUCCGGUGGAGAUGACAACGUUACUCGUGUAAAUCAAACAUAUGGUGAUAAAUAUAUCUAUGUAUGAUGAUAAUAAACUUUCAAAUGUA